AGUGUUUGGGGUUUCAAGUGCUUCAGCGUUUGAUCCGACAAUUAUACCUCCUUGUUACCAGCAGGCUUUUAGGCCCAGUUUUACGAGGAUAACUUUUGCAGCUACAUAAUGUGCAUCUUUUUCUGUUUUAUGUGCUUGUUGAUCUUGCAAUUGGUAGAUAAUAAAUAUUUAGGAAACUGUACGGUGCAAGCUCCUGCAACUUUUUCUAUUUUCUGGGUAAAAGUGUUUUGAUUUUUCUUGUUCAUUUCAGUGAUUGAUGUUUAGCAGAUCAUUUUGGAGGCAAAUUUCAUUUAGGCUAUAUGCAAAUCCAUGAUAAACUAGCAGAGCUUCAGGUAAGAUUGUUUAUAUGCUAUGGUGGCUUUGCUUUACGAAUUGCAUUGGGGUCGGAAGUCCCUGCUGUCCAAGAUUUUGGUUUUAUAGAUUGCCUGAGCUUUUCUCCACGUGCUAUGUGCAUUCAACUUUUCUUUUCUUUUUCCCUUUUUUUUUUUUUAAUAAAAUUAAUCAGACCUUUAUUUACUUCCUUUGCCUAUUAGAUUCUAGUAUAACAGCAAAUUAAAUGCUUUUGUGCUUAGUAGGUAUCUCUAUUCCUCUAUUGAUCUUUUCCAGAUGUCCUUAAGUUUGUAUUGUGAAUAUGUUGGUUCAGGUGCUGGUAUAAUGUUUCUCAUUCUUCUAUAAAGAUUCUCAGUUAGUAUCAUCUGUGAGUUUUUCUGACCUUGGAGAAGAAUAUUAUGCCCCGUUUUCUAAUUUCUUUUGAUUGUUUGUAGAUGCUCUGAUGCUGGACUUUAAAACACAGCAUUUUCUACCUUGUGUGUGCAUAUUUGGUUUAAAAUGCAUUAUGAAAUGUCUUGGUUCUCACCCAAUUUUGAUAGCUCAGUUUUGUCUGCUGAAAGCAGGAAAGAAAAUGUAAAAUAUGAAAUCAAAUAAGACAGAAAAAGUAGAAAAAAUGAUUUCGUUCUGGGCAUUUUAAGAAUAGAGGGAAAAAAGGCUCUUAAAAUCUGACGAUAAACCUGAUGGAUGGAAGGCCUGGUUUGGUCAAGGUAAGCUGCCUAUGGAUUAUGCCUAGCAUUUAAUUCUGACCUAAUAGUCUUGUGGUAUGAUAUAUUUGGCUAAAUUGAGGUGGCAUUUAUAUUUUUUAAAAGAAGAGUUCAGCAGCACCUCUUGUUAAUUAACUUUUGUCAGGAAGAGAGAAGCAAGAGCUGCAAACUUAACCAAUAUGAUGAGAGGA